AUGUGGCCGCUGAGCGAGAAGGGCAAGCUCCGUAAGGCUUCCACAGAUGCUAUGAAACUCAACAAGGUGGAGAUCCUGGAGACUCAAAUCAAUCAGGAUGCUCAUGCCAUCAAAAGCUUUCUGAUCGCUCAUAAGAGGCUCAUGGAACGUUCGGAUGUGCAGCGCGACCCCGACGUCCAGUUCCUGAGUGAUUUGUAUCGUGGUCGUCUUGGGGAUGAAGGUGCUUUGGCGGUGUACCGACAUGCUCAUAGGCCAAAUCAUCGGAGGCCUGCGGGGCCAGAGGAUGCUCCCGAGGAAGCUGAGCAUGAGGGGGAUGAAGAGGAGGAGGAGGAUUGCCAGGAAGGAGAGGAUGAAGAGGCUGCUCCUAUCGAAGAUGCUGGAGACGAUAUUACAGGCACUGAGCCUGAGGGGGAUGCUGUGUAUGAAGGGCCGGCACUCCCACCAUGGAUGGGAGUGGAGGCUAUCUUUGACAAUCCCCAGGAGGAGAGCGACUCAGACCUGGAGCCACCAGCAUCUGCAAUGGGCAGUGAAGAUAGGUUUGGAGCUGAACUUCUGUCAGCUCCGUCGGUGGCAUCCUUUGAUCCGGAUUCCCAAGACUUGACCUCAGGUGGGUGA